GGCAACACAAACCGGACAAGUAAGUUGAUUUUAACCAAUCACCCACUUCGCGAACUUCGUUUUUGAUAUUUCACUAACAAAAAUGCGGCUUCUCUUUCUCCUCUCAAGUUUCAUACUAGUAGAAGCUGGUGUUAUAAAGGAAGAAUGUCACGGUGUCAAAAUAAAUGAUAUUUAUUACGACAAAGAAGUUCUUAGAAUUGACGUUGAUAGACCGUAUCUACUAGCAGUUGAUUACAGUACUAACACCUUAUAUUACAGCUAUAAUAUCGACUUUAACGACGACGUCUCCUACAAGAGUGCCUUCUUGAACUUAAAUACUAAGGAGUCUGGUGAGAUCACAGGAGUAACGAAUGGCUUUGCGCAUACUGUUGAUCAGAAAACUCAUGAAGUGUAUAUAGGAGGCAGCGAUGGCAUAUACAAAUACGAUCACAAAUCUAAAAAAGCCGAAUUCUUUGGUGCAAACGGCUCCGACGUCUGGGGAGUAUAUUAUAAGGAGACGUUGUAUUAUUUGGACUUUCCCAAACAGUUUCUAUAUACAUACAUUGAUGGGGUUUCGACACGAUUCAAAGAUUUGGAAGAUACAAAAGUCGAUCAAUUUGUAAUUGACAAUGAAGAUAUGCUUUUCUAUACCAAUGCCACUGGAUUGUUUGGUCAAAAGAAAGGAACAAAGGACGCUGUAUUAUUUAAAAACAAUAUGUCAGUCAGAAGUUUGACCACAGAUAUUAAUGGUAAUGUGUAUUUGUGUGAAUUAGAUGAUGUUUACAAAGUGAAUAAAGAAACGCGUGGAAUUGACAAAGUGACGGAAGUUAACGAUUGCUUUGGGCUGGCGUUUGAUAAUGAGAAUAAUUUAAUAUACUCCAAUGCAACGAGUUUAGUACGACUUAAGCCUAAUUUUAACAAAAGUUGUUAACUUUAUUAAAAUUUAUUUAAAAUCUAA